AUGAAUCCGCCUGCCGCACCCCUAUCGCGUCCUCGCCGGCCGGCGGCACAGAAAGCUCUCAAUAUGAUCCACAACACUUACGGCGUUGGCACCAAAAGACCGAGGAACACAUCCACUCACCAGACAAAUAAAGCGCGGAAACGCAAGCGUGAUCACACGCCAUCUCAAACCCCUUCACAAGGUGAUGACACUUUUUCGCAGUACAAACCGACACCCUCACAAGCGCAUGCCACGCUGGUCUUUUUGCACCCGAUUUUGACGAUGUUGAGUGGUCAGAGCGUCUCUGUUGUCUAUGAGGCAGAGAUGCUCAGCGCACCCAAAGGGGGCUCGCCAGAUGUCGCCAAUGAAGGAAGUGGACAUGAGGGCGACAGCAAUAACAGGGUUAUUCAAAAAGAGCUCAAAAAGCCUCUACCACCAGGAAAGUCUAUACAAUUGUAG